CUGAAACUCUUGGACGAGCUCGACCGAUUCGCGCGUGCUUCUGCUGACCACAUAGCGCUAGCUACCAUCCGUGAGACCCGCCUGGGACUUGAGAGACUUAUCAGCAAGAUGGACAGCCUGGAGGCGGGGUUUGACCGUAUCGCGGAACGCUCCCUGUUGUCGUCUUCCAGAUUGUCGAUGUCUCGGCGCCGUGCUUCCGAGCUCGAGGAGCACGCCUACGCGGAGCAAUUGCAGUCUAUCCAACGGGAGAAAAGCGAACAAGAGCAUCGUUUCGAGCAAGAACGCGCCGCCUACCUUGCAGAGAUCGACCGACUC